CUCUCCUGGCUCUAUAUACCCCCUCUCCUGGCUCUUCUCUCCCCUCCUGGCUCUACACUAACCUGGGCGUGAGGGGUGAGGCUUUACUACUAGAGUGGCUGUGAGACCACCGAGGAAACCUUCAGACUUCACAGUAAAGCAACAAUUGUUUUUCAGGUAAUGUGAAGAUACCUUGAAGAAUGCCACCCCACAAGCAAGUUGUGAGUUUGCAGACAUGUACACUCAGAAGUGUGGCUUAUCUCCUCAGGUGUCUUUGUUGUGACAGUAAUAUUGGUACAGAUGACUUGUUACCAGCAAUAAACUAUAUGCAAAUCUUUCUUCCUCCACAAAUUCAAGCAUCAGUUUGUCAUACACUUCUGCAUGAGACACAUAAGGAGGUCAUUGAUAUCAGCGAUAUUGAAGAAGAUGGAUUCCAAUUUCCACGGAUUAUGUUUCCUGAAUUACUCAAUCAAAAAUACAUAUACAUUUGCACCAAGCUGAAUGCUGAGUAUGUGUGGAUUAAUGAUAGCCGCAUGAUUGUUCCAAUGUUGGAGGAUAUAGAUGGGCGGAGUGUCAAAACUCUCAAGAUGACUGUGACCACUGGGCAGCUGGACUUCGAUUUGGAAUCUAAUUCCUUUGAUUUUCAGCAUGUUAUGAAACUGGAACCACUUUAUAUAUUCCUUAGAACAUUAACAAAUCUAACAACAUUGAAAUGCUCUCAGUUGUGUAAUAAUUUCAUGCUUCAACUUUUGUCAAAAAAUUGUCCACACCUAGAGGAAGUUAGCAUCGAAAUGUGUAUUGAUGUAGAUGAUGAAGGCAUUUUUCAUUUAGGUGGUCAUUUUCCAUCUCAGGAUACAUAUUUUCAGAUUAGGAGAGGGGUGCAGAUCCCCUCUAAGUCUGUUUGUACAAAGCUUAGAAAAGUUAAUUUAGAGUAUACACUAGCAUGCACAGCUAGUGCAGUAAUGUUGCUUCAUUUGUGCCCAAAUAUUGAAGAACUCAUGGUUACCCCUGAUGUUAAUAUUGGAGAUGUAUUUACUAUAUUACAUGGCAGUAAUCCAGAUAAAUAUGAAGACGUUACAAGCCAGUACUCACUCCGAGUUUUGCAUACGUAUAUGGAGCUUGAUGAAAAUGUUUUGUCAUUAAUUGUCAAAACCUGUCCUCGUUUGCAUGAUGUAACAUUAAGAUGCAAUGGGGUAGAGAGAAAGGAUAGAAAUUUUUUAGCAAAUUUGCUAACUCUUGAUCUAAAAUCCCUCAAUGUCAUGAAUUGUAGCAUGCCUGCUUUGGUAUGGUACUUGGAGAAAAAAGGGUGCAAUCUAACAAGUCUAACUAUUCAGCACCUUACCAUGGCACCUUUGAGUCUGACCUUCACUAGAACUCACCUUCAGCGUGUAAUACAAACCUGUCCCAAUUUGAAAAACUUUUCAUUAAAGCUGAACAACAAUCCAAUUCAACCUGAUGUGCCUUACUCUGCAUUUGGUUCCAAUUUAGUGCAUUUUAAGUCUCUUUCCAAUCUGAUCCUUGAAGGCACAACAAUUACAUCAGAUGAUCUUUCAGUGUUAGUAAGUAGGUGUGAACUGUUGCGUGAAUUACAUAUUCUGUUCCAUAAUUUAGAUAUGCUCGAAGACCAUGUCCUCUAUGAUCUACUGGCUUCAGGAGGUUUACAUAAUUUAUGGACACUCUUCCUUAACCGUCCAAUGUUGACAUUAGCUGGCCUAAGAAGGUUACUUGAUGAAUGUCCACAAUUAAGUACUGUUGGACCCCUUUCUUCUUGGGCUAUAAGCAGGAAGGAUCGAGAUGCACUGCUGAAAGAAAUUAGGAUAAAGAAUUGGGACUUGAAUAUUGAGAGCCCUGAGAUGAUGCACAUGUUCAUACUUUGAGAGAAUAACUACUAACUAAACAUCUGACUAUUAUUGCCAUAAUUGGAAUGCUGGGCCCAUAAAAUUUUCAUGGUGGGUUUUCUCUCUAUAUGUAUUCAUAUAUUUUGUUAAUGUUCAGCACCUAUAUCUCUGUAGCCCAUGAAAUUUGAGGGAUCUUGUCUUGCUUCAUAACUGAAGUUCAACAAUUUCUCCUAAUUUGCUCACUCUCUUGUUUAAUCCGUUUUAUUGUUUCAUAACAUUCCAAGUUCCUACUUUUCUGAACCCACAUUUGUUAAUUUUCUGUUUUUUUUUGGCAUUUGCAACUUCAAUGUAUUUAGCCCAAUUUUAGGGUGUUUGUCAUUGUUUCAAAAUGAUUAAAUUACUAUAUGAUCUCUACUGUCCAUUCAUUUUCAAAGAGUGUUUACAUGUUAGGGAGAAUUACUGUUGUUGUCACUUCAUAUUCACAUCAUGUGGCUUGGGAGACAUUAUAGGUGGUGUUGCAGAUGAAAGGUCCCAGGGUCAAUUUUCAUGGCAAGACAGAAGCAGCAUUAGGGCACCGUUCUCUUUCACACGUUGCCCCUGUUCAUCUGGCAGUAAGCAAGUCUCUCAGAGUUGGGCAACUGUUGUGGGUUAUGUUCUAGGAAUGUAAGUAGUUGGCCUAGGGAGGACCUCAAUAAGCCUGUCAGGCUUCCUGUUCCCGACUGUGGGGAACCAAACUUGAAUGCUCAGAACUGUAAUUUCAAUUAAUUGAUUUCCAAGCUAAUCAUAUUGAAAAAAUGUUAUACUUUUUUCUAUUACCUUCGAUUAUUGCACUGAGUUGCACUAUGUACUCACAUUAAGAGAGUAUUUGAAUAAUAUUAUGAUAGGUUUCAUGUUUUUUGCCCAUAAGUUAGAAGUACAGUAUUUAUUUAUUUAUAUAUACAAUUCUUACAUUCUUGUAAAGCCACUAACAUGAAUAGCAUUUCGGGCAGGUCCUUGAUCCUAAUUUUUCCCGGAACAUGACCCACCAAAUGGUUUAACAACCAGGUACCUAUUCACUGCUGGGUGAACAGAGGCUACAGUUAAGGAUUGGUGCCCGGUCAAUCCUCCCCAGCCAGAAUACGAACGCAGGCCUAAGCAGCUGGGCGAGUCUUACCACUGCACCACAGGAACUGCAAACCAGUACAGUAUUUAUCAAAAGGGCUAAGCCAGGGUGGCUGUACUAAAUGUAUAGCAGUGUGAAGGUAAGAUAUAAUGCCUUAUUUCUUGCAUGUCUUCAUGUCUUGUUUUAUCUUCACAGAUAUUUAUGAUUAAAUCAAAACUGUGAUAAAGGUCGAAGUUUACAAAUUUUCAAAUGUUAAAUCAGGCUCGGACAUUUAUAAAUCGUCAGAGCAGAAUAUAUUUUAGUCAUUUAGGAAUUGGGGGAAAAGUUAUUAUUUAUGGAGUUACCAUUAUUUUAGCCUUCGGUGUUUACUCUAUAUACUGUACAGUAGUUAUGAAUACUUAGCAAAUCAAUUUUCUUGUUUUUGUUUUCAUACUUCUCAGAUUAUUUGUCUAUUGUGCUCCCUUCCUUAUUAUCUCAAGCUUUAUUGACAAAGCAAUAAGUAAUUGCAUAACUUUUAUUAUAACAUUGAAAACAAAAUAUUGUGAGAAAUUUUAUGAAUCUAUUGGAUUUUGAGUUCAAUGUUUAUCUGUGCUGCUUAUAGAAGUUCAAGCAAUUGGAUUUGGUUUGCUAUAAAAACUUUAAGGUAAUGGAUGUUACAAUAAAAAUGGCAUUUAAUUAUAAAGUAUGAAGUACUGCACAUUAAUGGGGUUUAUUUUGUGGUGAGCAUCUGGCAAUAUGAUGUUUAUUGCUGAUAUUGGUCAUAUAAUUUGAAGACAUUUAAAUGUUUACCAUUGUAUCAAGUGAAUCAACUGGAGCACCGAGGUGACUCGAACCAGCAAUCAAGGAACUCGACUUACCAAUGUACCACCACAACUUGUUAUAAGUUAUGCAACCUGGGAUUCCAUUUAAUCCACAGGAAGUCUGGAAGUUUUUACUGAAGCUUCCAGUCCAAUUUUUACAUAUAACCCACAAGCACUCGGGGUGUAGAUAAAGUAAUUGACCAUAUGCUCCGAUUUCAGAUACACAAAGAAAUCACACUAGCUAUAUGAUAUACAUCAAUGAGAAAAUCAACUGGACCACUGUAGUGACUCGAACUCGAGAUCAAGGAGGGACCAGUCUUGGUGGUACAGUAGUAAGGUGAGCGGCUGGGAAUGCCUUGGUCGCUGGUUCGGGUCACCUCUGAGCUGCAGUAGAUCUACUCAUUGGUAUACUGUAUGUCACGUCACUGUGAUUUGUUUGUGUAUUGUAUUAAGUGAUGUCGGCGGCGAGUUCUGUAUGUAUUUUGGGAUACUUUACAGAAACAGUUAAAUCUUGUAUAAUAGGUGGAGAUAUUUUAUUAUGUCUUAUUUUAUGUAUUAAAUAUUAAAAUACUAAUAACU